CACGGACUUCCAGUAGAUGCCCGUUCCCUCGACCGGAUGAUUGCCGAAACCGCAUUGCAACGUGCUUAUGGCACAAUUGCGGGACUACUUGCACACUGCAGUACCAACUCCGUUGAUGGACGCCGGAGUAGAGGUUGUCGACCUGCACGUUUACAUCGCGAAGAUCGACCGCGAGUUCAAGACGCAACGGUACGACGACAUCGACGCACCAUUGCUAUAUGUACGCAUUCAGAUCAGAGAGGCGACCUGCAGUGCCUUGAUCGAUUGCGGAGCAUCUCGCAACUACAUCAGCCAGGACUUCAUGACGAUAAGGAACGCCGGCCCUCUCCCACGCAUCGACGACCUUCUCGAGCGAUUGGGCGGCGCCCAGUUCUUCUCUAAGUUGGAUCUCAAGUCAGGGUACCACCAACUCGAGAUUCGCAAGGAGGAUCGCUACAAGACCGCGUUCAAGACACGGUAUGGGCAUUUCGAAUGGCUGGUCAUGCCAUUUGGCCUUACGAAUGCCCCAACCACUUUUCAAGCGGUUAUGACGACGGAGUUCCGACACAUGCUGGAUCGUUUCGUACUUAUCUACCUCGACGACAUUCUGGUUUACAGCCGGAGUCUGGACGAGCAUGUGGAACACUUGCGCACCGUUUUGGAGCAGCUACGACAUGCCAAGUACAAAGCAAACCGCGACAAGUGCGAGUUCGCAUAGUAGGAGCUGGAGUACUUGGGACACUAUGUGACGCCGCAAGGCAGCCGUC